AUGGUAAGUGGUGUUAUAUUUUUUAUACGUUUUCAUGUUCGUUUAGAAAUUUCGUUUUGUUGGAGGAUUGGAUUGCCCGGAUUGGGUACUGGCUGAGAUUUCUCAGUUUUCACGAAUCGUAAGUUAAAAGUUGUUCCUUGAACUUGGUUUUUAUUUAGUUAAAGGAAAUCUUUCGAACAAUAAGCAGGGAUAUAUGUCAUAGAUUGAUCAAUGGCAAAUUUGAUUUUGGACAAGAUGAGAUUAGCAGUAUCGAAAAAUUAGUUGGGAUGGAUUCAGAAACGCUGAAAGGAGCACUUGCAGCUUUGGGAUUUAUUUUAGAAAAGUCAGCCAAGAAUAAAUGUGCCCCGAAGGACCUGGAGAAGGAAAUGUUACAACUUGGAAUGGCAUUCGGUAAAACGCUCAUAAAUCCUGCAACCCGUUAAUGAUGUUUUAGAUCACGCCACCGAAUUGAGCUCCGUUUACGAAGAAGAAUUUCCGCGUUUGUCCAAAGCAAUGAGUAAUCGGUUCCCACGCCAACCAAACCUGGCUAUCAGAAACAAGGAGGAGAAGAGCAUAAAUGGAGUCCAAGUAUGUAUAUAUCCACGUAUACCGUAAUCUUAAAGGUGUAUAUAUAUACAGUCAGCGAAUCGAACGGAAAGACAUUCGAACUGGGGAUGAGCGAACAAAAGAGAGAGUCGUUAAAACAAGGUAAUCCACUUUUAAUGCAACAUUUUGUCGUUUAGAGAUGAAACGAGCUAUGCAAACCUUCGCGCCAUACGAGUAA